ACUCCGGAGAAAAAAGAGAAAAUGGACCUCAGCGGUUUCGCCGACAUGCCGAAGAAACCGGAGACGAGAGCCUCCCACCACAUCUUCCCCGGCUUCCACGCUCCGAUUCCCGUCGACAUCCGACACCACGACGGUCGCUACCACUAUGAGCCGCUGCACACCAUGCACAGCCCUGCAGGUUUGACCGGCAGCCCCGUGAUCUCCGACAUCUCCCUGAUUCGUCUGUCUCCGGCUGCCGUGGCGACCGGCGACUCCCCCUUCAGCCCGCCUCACCCCUACGUCCACCCCCACAUGGAGCACUACCUCCGGUCGGUGCACGGCAGCCCCACCCUGUCCAUGAUCUCCGCCGCCAGAGGCCUGAGCCCGGCAGAGCUGGCCCAGGACCACCUGAAGGACCGCGGGCUGUUCGGACUCCCGCCGCCCCCCGGCGCCGGUCCGGCUGAGUAUUACCACCUGAUGACGAGCCACCGGAGUCCGUACGGCGAGCUGCUGAUGCAGGGGGGCGGAGCCAAUGCCGCCGGGGCACACCUGUCCGACUACAUCACCCCCAUCGACGUGUCGAGGUUCUCCGGCCCCAGGCUGACGCCCCGCCUCGGCAGGAAGAGGGCGCUGUCCAUCUCGCCGCUGUCCGACGCCAGCAUCGACCUGCAGACCAUGAUCCGGACGUCGCCCAACUCGCUGGUGGCCUACAUCAACAGCUCCAGGUCCAGCUCGGCCGCCGGCAGCUCGUACGGUCACCUGUCGGUGGGAGGCCUCAGUGAGCGUGUUGAAGGAGGCGGCUGUGCUGAGCGGCUGUGUUCUGGUUCUGUGCAGAACCGCCGCGGCCCGUCGGAGCUGAAGGACGAGGCGGACCGAGACGAGUGCAAGCAGGAAGCCGAAGCCGUUUACGAGACCAACUGUCACUGGGAGAGCUGCAGCAAAGAGUUCGACUCGCAGGAGCAGCUCGUCCACCACAUCAAUAACGACCACAUCCACGGGGAGAAGAAGGAGUUCGUGUGCCGCUGGGACUCGUGUUCUCGUGAGCAGAAGCCCUUCAAAGCUCAGUACAUGCUGGUGGUUCACAUGCGGAGACACACGGGGGAGAAGCCGCACAAGUGCACGUUUGAAGGCUGCUCCAAGGCCUACUCCCGUCUGGAGAACCUGAAAACCCACCUGCGCUCACACACCGGAGAGAAACCGUACGUCUGCGAGCACGAAGGCUGCAACAAAGCCUUUUCCAACGCCUCGGACCGAGCCAAGCACCAGAACCGGACCCACUCCAACGAGAAACCGUACGUCUGUAAGAUUCCGGGCUGCACGAAGCGCUACACCGACCCGAGUUCGCUCAGGAAGCACGUGAAGACGGUCCACGGCCCCGAAGCCCACGUCACCAAGAAGCAGCGCAGCGAUCCGCCGCCGAGGCCGCGAGAGAACGGCGAGAACGAGACGGAACCUCGGGACAGGACCCGGAGCGACGACAAGAUGGCCGACAGCGGCGCCCCCAGAGGCCUGGAGGACUUCCUGCACGUCAAGGGCAUCAAGACGGAAAACUCGGUGGUGUAUCAGUCCAGCCCUGGCGGUCAGUCAUCAUGUAGCAGCGAACCAUCACCACUUGGCAGCGCCGCCAACAAUGACAGUGGAGUAGAGAUGGCGGCGCUCAGCGGGGGGAGUCUGGGGGACCUCAGCACCCUCGAUGACCUCGAUGAAGGAACCGGCGGCGGCGGCGGCGGCGGCGGCGGCGGUGUCACGGCGGCGAGUCUACACUUCAGGAAGCAGCUCAGCACCAGCUGGCGCCUCGAGCAGCUCAAGACAGAGAAGCUGAAGGCGGUGAUGGACUCCUGUCGGUGGGAAAACAACCCAACAGAACCAGGCCUCGGCACCAAACUCCCACCGAUACCAACCAGCGGGUCGAUCCUGGACAGUCCCAGUAUGUGUGGCGGUCCGGUGUCCUUCCCUGGUUCCAGUAAAGUGACGGUGGUGGGAAACCUGUCAGACCGACGCAACAGCACUUCCAGCACCUUGAGCUCGGUUUACAGUCGCCGCUCCUCAGGCAUCUCCCCUGGUUUCUCCAGCCGGCGCUCCAGCCAGGCCUCCCAGUUCGACCGCCUCGGCAACGGCAGCUCGGCGGACUCCUAUGACCCGAUCUCCGCCGACAUCUCGCGGCGCUCCAGUCAGGCCAGUCAGUGUAGGGGGAGGCUGGGAGGCUAUGGGAGCCCCCUCAGCCUGACGCCAGUGCAGCACUACCGUCUCAAGGCCAAAUACGCCGCCGCCACUGGGGGGGCGCCACCGACGCCUCUUCCACACAUUGACCACAUGUGUCCGAAGAGCCACUCGGCCCUGUAUGGUGACUCCCAGGAAUCCUCCAACAGAGUCCUACCUAACAGGCAGAACGGCAGCUAUGCAACCCGGAGCAUGAUGCCCCACGAGGUCCCGUCAAACAUCCCCCGCAGAGCCAGUGACCCGGUGAGACAGCUGGCGAUGGAUCCUUCCAGCCGACCUCCAAUGCAGCGCUACAACAGCAUGGGCACGCUGGGCAGUGACGCGAUCAUGCAGACCCGUCUGCCUCCUGCAACAGACUGCCGGCAUUCGUCCCAGCAAGCCUCCGUCCACAGCUUCCCUUCCAUCCCGGACGAAGACCUGCCGCUGCCCAACCUCCGCAACGCAACCGACAGAGCGUCAACCGAUCACCGAGAUUUUCAGGGAGCCUUCGCCCUCCAGCAGCAGUUGUGCCGCCAGAGAAGGAUGAACCUGAACCAGUCCACUCAGGCUCUGCCCUCUUCGAGUCCAGGGAUGUGUCCGUCGUCGCUGAGGAACAACAUACCCGUCCAGAACAAAGCCUCCUCAGGACUCAUGAAUGUCCGAAGAAACCUUGCCGUCCUCCAGCAAAACCAGAACUUUGAACCUCUCAGCCCCAACCAGCAGAUGAUUCCAAACAAGCCGCAGCAGAGAUGCGCUCAGCCGAACUUUUUCCAGAAUCUCAACGAAGCGGUCAGAUCUCAGUGCAGACUCAGCAAAGGCAUCAAUGGGUUUGACACAAAUGGGAACAGCACUUAUCUGAGCUCUGGCUGCAAACAGGAACCAGCUGACAUGGAGACUGUCGACAGGCACUUUGCUGAUGCUGGAUUUCAGCCGGUGCACGUAAAGAUUGAGGACUGUGAUGGAUCGAUGCUGGUUCUCCAGCCGAAGCCACCAACAGAACCCAAACCUCUGGUGAUGCAGCAAACAGCGAACCCACCAGAUUCCAAGUUCUCCACCACUUUCGGACUUCAGUGCAACGAUAACGCUGAUGCUUUGUACUACAUGGGGCAGGUUCACAUAUUUGAGCCCAACGGGAUCCUUCAUGUAUCCUCUGUGGUGGACGUACCUCCUUUUGAAAACAGCGUAGCGCCUCCCGGUUCGGGGGGCGAGCAGGCGACACUGGAGCAGAUCGACUUUGACGUCAUGCUGGAUGACGGGGAUCACUCCAGCCUCAUGUCGGGAACCCUGAGUCCAGGUCUGCUGCAGAGUUUGUCCCAGAACUCUUCCCGCCUCACGACACCAAGGAACUCGGUCACGUUGCCGUCGGUGCCGGCGGCGACGGGCAACAUGGCGAUUGGGGACAUGAGCUCCCUGUUGACGGCUCUGGCCGAGGAAAGCCAGUUCCUCAACCUGAUGUCUUAGCUCCACAGAAAACAGAACUUUUCAGUUUUCAGAACUCUUCAUGCACAACGAA